GCAGAGGCUGGCGCUUGCAUUCCCGGCAGGAUUACUGAACAAGUUGGAGAGAGUCUGAAGGUGAGCCGAUCUUUAAUUUUCUCCAAAGUCCAAUCAAAAUUAAAUUUUGGUUCAGACUAAAGAAAGCAGAAUUGCAAAUAUUAAGGUUCUUGUUGCUUGGCCGGUGGAUUUUGAUCAAGUUGAAGAUUUGAAGGAACGUCUCCGGCUGUGGCGGAAUUGAUUUUUGUCGCCGUUCGUUUGCGGCCGUCAAAUCGCGCAACCAUGAGCAGGGUGGCAAACUGGCUGGUGGACAACAAGGACAAGAUCGAGAAAGGGGUGGACAUCAUCGGCCAGGCGUCCGAGGUCCUGGCCGCCACCGUGGGCCAGUUACACCCGAUCCUGGAGGCGGUGUUCAUGGCCUCGGCUGAGAUCCUCAGCAACCCGGAGGGCAAGGAGGCCAUCUAUUUGAGCCAGAAGAUCGAGCAGGUCAACCAGAAGCUGGUGGGGAUCCAGACCGAGAUCGACCAAAUCGCCCUGGAGUUGCAGCGGACAUCGAUGAACAAGCAGAACAUUGACCGCGAGGCUCACAUCCUGGGCCAGUACGAGAAGUUCCAGGAGUUCAUCAACACCAAGCCGAGCAUGAAGGAGAAGAAGAAGGACAAGUUCAUCAAGUAUUACGAGAACACCGAGGCCGACCUGAACCUGGAGGCCCUCUACAACGCCGUCACGGGGGAGAACACGGCGGGCGAGCCCAUGCUGGACACGGUGGUCACCACGGAGCAGAGGAGCCGGAGGGCGGUGGAGGACUUCUGCGCUCGGCUCAAGAAGCUCUUUGUGGUCGGCCUCAUCGCCGUCAUGGGCUACGCCGCCCUCAAAGAAGGCGUGGUGGAAAUGAGCCUGAUGACCAAGUGGCAGGACCGCAUGGAGGUGGUGGAGAAACGCAUGAAAGCGGCCGUGGACCACUGCACCGAGACCUUUGUGGACCAGGCAAAGCUGGACCUGGAGGAGGCGCUCAAGGAGACGGCGUGCGCGGUCAGCGAGGACUUCACUCGUUCGCUGCUGUCGACGCUGGUCAAGAAGUACGACUGGGUCAACUGGUCGGUGCGCGCCUUCAACAACCGCGAGCGCAUCUUCUUCUACAACUGGCUGGCGGGGCGCAAGUUCCACGGCAGCGGCGGGGCCAACUGGUUUGAACUGACGACCGACAACAAGAUCAGGGUGGUGGUGUCGUUCUGCGUGGACCCGCAGCCCAUCGACAAGACUCGGAUCUACGAGCAGAUCGAGCAGCAGAGGCUGAAGGGCAACAUGAUGGCGGUGGCCCUGACGCUCAACCGCUGCUUCCCCGACUGCCUGGUGCACGCCGUCAGCCAUUAUAAGGAGGUGGUGGAGUCCAACAACUUCAGCGUGGAGUCCUACUACUACGGCAAGCACAAGCGGGCCUUCCUGUGCAUCCACCCGCAGUAAGGGCGGGGCGUAACGCACCGUCAAUCAAAGAAUGUUCAUGGAAUGGACUCUGUCAAUCCACUUUGGUUGAUUUUAUGAGGUUCUGAUUUCAUCUCGGACCAUUUAGAGCCACGAGUUUGAAUUAAAGGGGACAUGUGGAAAAAACAAUAAAAGAAAAUUGCACAUUUUAUUUGCUUGUAUGCUAGAAAUAGAUCUAUAGUUUGAAACCAAGGGGAAGGCACAGGGGUCCGAAUCCCAAAAAUGGAGUAGCGGUCUUGGGCACCCACGAUAUAACAUUCCACAAUAUCACGGGAUUGUCAGGACAGCCCUAAAAAUGGUUGAGUAAAAAAAAAAAAAAUUCCAUUGACCAGUGGAUUAGUCAACCUCAAAAGAGCAUCAACGACUGAAUCGUUAGAACAUGAAAAUGUAUUACAACAAAUAAGAGAUCAGAAAAUCAGUAGCUACUUCUCUUGUGUGCUUUGUGAUGUGACGUCAGAGGGGGGGAGCGCUUCUGUUUGACAUGCCAAUUGGCUGCUUCAGUCAUGAGCCCGUUAUGUCACCAAUCGGAGUCAUGCUAUAACAUUUCCAAACAUCGUUUUAUUAACUUUACUGUGAAAUUGUCAAAGAGUGACGUGUGGUGCUCUUGUAUGUAAAUUUGAUAUCGUAUUGAUUAGUUUUACCCCACGUUUAGUUUUGGUUAGCCAUUCAUCGUGAGCACACUUUGCAUAUCGUUCCUCGACCAAGCUGAACAACUAUCUAUCAUGAUAUCUCUCCUUUUAAACGUUCCCAAAUAAAGUGUAUGUCGGACGAGUCUGUAAUUUCAUCAACAACCGACAUGUUUUGGCUUAGUGACUAUAGCCGCGCGGCAGCUAGCCAGACUUCCUGUUUACAUAAACAUUCACGUACCAACAUUCCUAGACGACAGAAGACACCAAAGAGAAUAUCCCUCAGAUUUUAUUGUCAUAGCGCAGGACCCCGUUUGAUUUCCAAGAUUGAUCUAACAUGCUUGAAUCACUGUGAUGUUUGUUUUCUUUCCAGUCAUCGAAACGUUGCCUUUUGUUUUUCUCAAACUUGUUUUCCUUUUCAGGUAUAUGUUUCUCAAUGGACAAAACACUUUUUUUUCUUUUUUGAAGAAUGUAAUGUACAGAACCACUGCCUGUGCGUAAAAAAAAUCUACAUAAAUACAUGUUCCAUUAAAAUAUGCUAAUUUUUCAAAAUGCCAAA